AUGUCCAUCUUCCCUGUAGGCUGUAUCAGUCCUUUAAAUUUGUAUUCUACAACUAACCAAGAUUUUACACAUGAUAUCAGUCUUUUAAUCACUAUCUACUUAUUUUGGGCAGGAUGGCUAUAUGCUGGAGUUAGUAGCAACAGACAUGGGGAAAGCUCUAAGCUUACAUUUAUUGUUGUUAUAGGUGUUCCUGUUGGAUACUAUUCUUCUUCUUUGAAGGAGCUACUAAAAGCCCUAGAUGAUUCAGCAGGGAAUGGAUCUGAGUGGCUCGAGUUGUCACCAGCUGAUUCCACUAAGACAACUCAAGCAGACACAUCCUCAGUCUCAUGUGGAAGAAUAAAGUGUUCCGUCCUUUCACCAAGAUCAAUAGUAGCCAACACGGAUAAAGGCUUCAUUAGGGACCGAAAUUCUGGGUCUCUACAAGUUGGGCCUACCAAGGAAGGCCCCUGGACCACAGUGAGACUAAACUAUGUUGCACACGUUGCCUGCUGGCCAUUAGGAAAUGUUGUAGUUGCAAGUGAAGUCCUUGUAGAGGAUGGAAAUAGAUAUGUGAAUAUCAGAUCUUUGGUUUCAGUUACCAACAACACAGAUUUAGUACUCGAAUUGUGCCUCCAGCUUGAUGCUUCUAAAGAGAAUUUGGAUACCUUAGAAGAUUCCAGAACGGAUUCCCCAAAAGAUGCCAUAGAGACAGAUGUACAGAAACAGAUUGUCAUUGGAGAACUGAAACCUAGAGAAAGUCUUCCACUUCCACUUUUUGUACUUGUCCAUUCUGGAUUAUAUGUUCUCCAAUUAAGACCUACUCUAGAUGAUGAUCACAAGGAAUAUUCAUGGAGCUCUGUAAUGGAUAAGCAUGCAGUGUCAGAAGAUGAUAGUAGGCCCAAAGAAACUUCUGGAAUACAUGUCUCAAAUAUGAAUGAGUUUGAGGAACUUAUAUACUGCUAUGAGAUAAGUGGAACAUCAUCAAUUCCGUCACAUGGAUUGUGGCUUUGUUUGGCCAUUCAAGCAUCCGAGAUCUCUAAGGACAUCCGUUAUGAUCCAAUUCAGGAUUGGAAUAUUGUGGUGAAGUCCCCUCUAUCUAUCACCAAUAAUCUUCCUCUAACAGCUGAAUUUUUUGAUCUUGAAAUGCAAAGAAAUGGCCAUUUUAAAGCAUGCUCUAGAGGUGUAUUUACUCCAGGUGAAACAGUGAAGGUCCUAAAUCCCGACAUUAGAAACCCCUUGUACUUUUCUCUGUUUCCACAACGGGGGUGGCUCCCAAUACACGUGAGAUAUUGCAUUCAUAUUUCCUUUUUCCCAUUCAACCCAACAUUUUUUCUCCAAUUGACAUGA